CCCACUGCCGAUCAGAUCAACUCGAUCAAGCCCGAUCAAGCGAUCGGGUACUUGUCUGGGUAGGUCGGCAUGAUUGAUCGGGAGUGGUCGGGGAGGUCUACCUUGGUCGGCAUCGCUCGGGCUUUCUACCCGAAUUUUUUUGACAUGUCAAAAAAAUUCGUGUAGCGAUCGUGUAGCCAAGCGGUCGAGAAGAGCUCGGGAAGCGAUCGUGUAUUGAUCGAGUUGAAGAUCGAGUUAAUCGAGAAACAAUCGUGUAGCGAUCUUGUUUGGUCGGAUUGACAUCUUUUACCCGAUCUGUAACCGAUCUUCUCGACUUCUACUCGAGUAAUAUACGAUCGCAUCCCGAUUAAGUAGAUCUCUGUUCGAUCUCUUGUCCAGAUUAUCAAGACUGCUACCCGACUACUCCACGACCACACACGACCGCACACGAUCAAACCCCGAUCACUGUUCGACCAUACACGAGCUCACGUGACUAAAGCAAGAAAAGCGUGCUGACCAGUGUCUCAUAAGUUGUUUGGACGCUGAAGAUAUAACAUCUUUAGCAAACCAAUAUCUGUUAAAACAUCUUCAGCCAAGCCAUUUCUACUACAAACUAAAGAUGCCGAGAAAAGGCAAAAGGCCGAUAGGCAGUACAAUUGCGAGUAAAUGUGCAGUUGCUGCGCCUCAGCCUGAAAUCGUGGAACCCACCCAGGAAGAGAGUAAUGAGUCGCCUAUACCCCCUACUGACUCUUCUGCCGAGCAAACCAGAAAAGAGCAAGUAGAAGAACGUCCGACUUCUCCUGAGAUAGAGACUGAUAUCAGGCCCCGGAAGACACUACAUCGUACACUCACGCAAGAUGAAGAAGAUGACCUUGUAGCGUGGUUAAGAGAGAACUCGUUCCUCUUCGACAAAUCAUCCGCAGGAUUCAAGUAUAAGGAGAAGAAGAACAGUACAUGGGCCGCGAAAGAGGCAGAGUUGGGCCUCAAACCUGGAGACCUGUCGUCAAUCUGGUACACGAAUAUGAGAACACAGUAUUCGAAACUAAUUAAGCUUACCAACAAAUCUGGAUCUGGUGCUGGAGAGCGCACAGCAAGGCAACAGUGGAUUUUGGACAACUUUGAAUUCCUGCGCCCUUAUCUGGUACAGCUGCGAACUCAGAGGGGAUCCAAAUUUGCGGAGAAGAGAAAGGAACUUGUCUUGGAGGAGACAGAGGAUGAUGACGCCGCCUCCGAUUCGUCAGCACCCUCUACAUCAGCAGUAUCUGGUUGCCGUCCCAAAGCAGCGCGUGUACUGUCCUCAUUGACGUCCGAGUUGGAGUCCGUGCGUGGUGCCAUCACAGUUGCGCAAGAUCCAGCAGCACACACUGGCCAGUUUUUGGUGUAUUUGAUGCGCCAAAUGGACCAGCAGAGAAUGAAUGUGUUUGUCACACGUGCAACAAGGCUGGCUCUGGACCUUGCGGAGGAAAGCCAAGAGGAGAAGAGACGACUAGCCACCCAAGAGGCAGCAGGGCAUGUAGGUCAACAGAUAGCAGAUCCAGUUUUUGCCAUGCCUGUCCCUCCCGCUCCUACAUCAUCUAUAUACAGAAGACAGGCUCCCAUAUCAGCGGCGUUCGGCUCAGCAUGGCAGCAGAAUCAGUUUCAGCAACAGGAUCACAUGCAGCAGGAUUUUCAGCUAGCUACCAAUAUAGCUGCAUCUGCACCACCAGCCCAUCUUACACCACUGCUGAAAAGUUUUACUCACCUGCAACCACCAAAUGUGCAGCCAAUCUUGCAACAGCCUACAUGUGCUUACAGGUCCAUUACACCCGCCAUAGAAACCCCAACCACGACUGCAUCUAUCAUCCGCCAGGCUAUGGAUAUGGUCUCGACACCAAAUAGUUCCCCCAUCCUAACCCAGGAGAUGCAUGACGCACCCAAGGACUGAACAAAGUAACUGGAAAAUGGUUGAACCAGCCAAGUGAUUUGAUGAUGUGAUUUUACUCAAGUUUAUGUGCAUUGUGAAUUUAGUUUUUCGACGUUUUGGUUUUUACUUUGAAUAAAGGUUAAAUAGCCUCAUUCUUGAUAAAUAUUACUGUUGACUGUUGAGUCUUCUUAAGUAAAUCAAUGUAAACUGUUCGUAAAAUUUGUUUGGAUAGCAAUUUAUCUUACUUAGAAACUUAAUUAGCUUACUUUUGGCAUAAGGCAAAAUAACCCUGUUAUUAUGUAGGUUUCUGUCAGUAUUAAAAGUUGAACUUAAAUGUGUAUUGUUAUAACAAAACAAGGCUGGUCAUGCUGGUAGCAAUUACUUAAGAAUACAUGUAUUCUAAAAUUUAAUAUUUUUCUUCAGCCCCUAAACAAUUAAUCAAUCAAUUAAAAGUGAGCGUUGUGUUCUGGUAGUUAAAACGUUCGACCUUAUGAAGAGAUGUCUGCUACCGCAACUUGUCCUAUACGUGUAGGUUAUAGUUCAUAUAAUGGAAAAAUAACCAAAUUUAAUACAAGCGAGCGAAGCGAAGCGCCGUAUUAAGUUUGUUUAUUUUUCCAUUAUAU